AUGGUCUCCUGCUCCGACGAUGUCCGUCAUAUGACGGAGAUAAACUCGGCUAGAUUUUAUCGCGGUCGCAGGGCGGUGUGCCGAGGACCUAUUCGCACAAAUCUACAUUCACAACUCUAUGGUGAUCCCCCUACAGAAUCGCCAGAGGCCUGUGCGUACAUAAAACGAUUCCUGAGACAUGCAAAAUCAAAUGGCAUCUGUUCACAAUCCCCACUCAGCUUGUCUAAGUCAUCGACGCACUUGGAUAAAUCUCUUACCAUACUAUCUUCUGACUUCCCUUGCUCAUCACCUCUUUCACGCUUUUCCGAGUUGUCGCCUGAUCUUCUUUCUUCCAAUUCAUCAACAUGCAUUUUGACUACUCCUCUUAACUCGGGAGCUGGUGCAACUCCUGUUUCCUCCUUUCCACACCUAUCUGUCUGUUCUCUCUCUGCUGCUGAUCCAGCCUCUUGGCAUCAUUGUCCUGACGCUCUGCCUCACGUCUGUCCUCCCAGGCCGGCUACUCUUCGCCGAGAGACACUCGUUGUUUUGGGUGGCCUAGAUGAUACCUGUAUUCUUACUGGUGUCCAGGCCUUGUCGCCAGCCAAGUUAUCUUGGCAGGCGUGCGCCUCAAUGCCACUCGACAGUCUUAUCUGGUUCUCUGCAGCAGUGGUAGGCAACACUCUUAUUGUGACGGGCGGGAUCCAGGCGGGAAGCAUUGUCUCCACUGUAUAUCGAUAUUCAGUUGAUCAGAAUAUUUGGACUGCAGGACAUUCUAUGCCUCGACCUAGAGCUCGACAUGCUUCCGUAGCCGUUGGAAGUUCACAUUUGUUUCUAUUUGGUGGCGUAACAGUCACAUCAACCGACUCUGACAUUACUGACGCUCUGAAUGAUACUCUUCUGUCUAACUUUCAUCAACAGGUUAUUUAUUCAAACUAA